AUGGCUCCCAACAAACAACUUGAAGAAGACCAGGAUGUUGUCAUUGUCAAAGUCAACAAGCUCCCUCCUGGACCAUGCACGCCUACAAGGUUGACCCAGACCAGAUAUGAUGAUGUCAGUAUAUUGGACGUAGUGAAAACGCCCCCAUCUCCCUAUCCAUAUACAUUACCCGUGCCUGCCCCCCAGGUCCCGUUACGUUCGCCAGCUCCCCCAGCUGGCAAUUUCACCCCUGUGGAGGACGUUGCUCCCCGCCCUCCGGUAAGACCAGACCCAGCAGACCGCACCGCAUCUCAUGGAGAGCAAGACAAAUGGAAUCUCUACUAUCUACCCGAUAUUUUGUAUGUCCUGUGUCCUGGGACCGAACACGUCAGAUCCAGAGCUCCAGUCUGCAUGACAGAAUAUACUGUCUUUGGCAAACAGGUGAAAGACUUUGCUGUCCUCCCGCGUCAAAUCUCCUCUCGUGUAGAGGGUUGGAGGCUGGAGGCGUGGAUGCGUCUUGAUCAGCGGAUCACGGACCAGGACAUCAUCGAUCGUGUCAACCCUGAUUUCAGGGCAAAGCUAUCUCCUGAAUACCUCGAAUAUCGUCGCCAGUUCUUCCGCGAAACGUUCAAUCUGGCUUGCUGGACGUCGCCAGAGUCCAUUAGUUAUAUCUGCAAUUUGCUGGUGGAGCGGGGGAUAGAUCCGGCGAUGAACAGCACGAGAGGCCUAACCCCAGGACUGAAAGAUCCUGCGAAAGGAGAAGGCGGGGGCCGGGUGUCUCUUCCUAUACCCCAGGUCUGUACUAUUGCCGCCGAUGGAGGAAACCAGCCGAUCCCUACAAGGUUCUACGUGCAACCGCAGCCAAUGCCGCAAAAUCAGUGUCAUGGAAGAGUGCCAAUGGUUUAUGCAUCUCAGGCCCCGAUUCCCUCGCGUUCCGUGCCACAGCAUGCGUUCGUCCUGCCAAGCUAUAUGAAUACACCCCAAGGCAGUGUGCAACACGUUCAGUACAUGGCACCUUACCCGGCACCUUACCCCUACAUGGCACCCUACUCUGUUCCAUACCCUUAUGGCAAACGAAAGUGGGUUGAGCCGAUCAGACAGGAGACUCCACUCGCUUACUACAAGAGACAGAAGGUAUCCGGUCACGGCUAUGUCGAGGGUCCAACUGGUUAUCCCUACGUUCCCGUCGAGCUGGCGCCUUGUCGCGCACCUAUGCCUCGCGCAUUUCCCCGCGAAGGCGACAUGGGUGGUCGUACGAUGUCACUUGAGGAGUAUCUCCAGGAGAAGAGAGUGAGCUAUGAGGAGUUCCUUCGCGCACGUUAUGCCCAUGAAGUACCGGGAAUUGCUGGUGGUCUACAAUAUCAUCCGCGCAGAGCGUAA